CCACAAUGGAUCCAAGUCAAGGAUGAGAGUUUUAGUAUGGGGCACUGCCCUCGCAACUCAUUAUGAAGAAAAUAUUAAAUUAAACUCAAUCGUAGGAGAUACUGGAGGUUUAUUAAAAACCGCCAAUACCCACUUCAGACAUCCUAACGAUAAAACAUCGAUUUGAGAGUUUAAUGUACAAGCACAUAGUACUUUGACUAUUCACGGACAAUAUGACACUUUUGAUAACCGAGUUAUCGAUGAAUCGUACCAAUCGAUCCAACUAGAUGAUGUGAUGCUUCAUAAUGGCAAUAUUGAAAUUGAAUGUUUUAUAAAAAACGAAUUUGUGACUGUCAAAACACCGACAACUACGUUUGGCCAGGGAGUUGUUGUGGAUGGCCAUGACAGACUAACUGUACAUAUCAUCAAGUAUGAACCCAACGCUUUCAUAUCUAAAGGUGUUCUCAUUAAGUUGCGAGGUGUUAUGAAUAAACAAGUUGGUGGUUCCUUAAAAGUAAUGAAUAUGGAGCAUGUAAAUAUUGUCGACCAGACAAAAACGAGCUCAAUCGAGUUAAGAAAGUCAAUCCAUUCGGUUUUAUUAGAGCGUACGAAACGUAAAGACACUAACGAUCAUCCAGAAAGUCUUAAAAAAAUUAAUGCCACAGUACCACCAACAUCAGAACUUCUUGCUAAAUUAAAGCAAGAUAAUAUAAUUAAAAUUAAAUUUAUUAAACCAUCAUCUCGCACUAUUCGUUCAGGAACACCAGCUGUUGAAAAAAUAGUAACACCAACUGAUAAACAAAUAGUAACACCAGCUGAUAAACAAAUAGUAACAUCAGCUGAUGAAGAAGAAGAAACACCAGCACCAAAGUUAGUUCGUGAAGAUAAAAAAACCAUCAAUGAAGUGAACGUCGAGCAGCAAUUUGAAAUUGCCUGA